AUGUCUACUGCAUCUGACUACGAUGGGUUGAUCAAUGGAUCUCGAGAUCCACGCAUUGAAUUUGGAUUCAGGGUUCCCUUUGUAUACAUUCUUGGUCUUGACCAUAGAACGCAAAAUGCCGAUGGUCAACAGUGCGUGUUACUUCAGGGUAAAGCAAAAACUCUUUGGAACUUCUGCGGUGAUAUACCAGGCAGUACUGCACGGCGGACCCUCGCUUUUGCCAAGAGCAGCGUGUACUGGGCCUGCGACGAAGACACUCAUGGAGAACAGCCCGAAUGGGGAGGAAUCUAA